GUAAGGCACAGAGCGCCCGCGCCACCUGCACCACUUCCGGGUGGCUGCGGAGUUUUGCCGCCGGGUAACGGCGGUGACAGAAACUGGCGGGGAGAUGCCGGAGAUCGCGGUCCGACAUGUGGUGUCUGCGAGCAGCUCCGACCCGACUCACUGCUCCGAGAACCUACUCAAGGCGGACACUUAUCGCAAAUGGAAGGCUGCCCAGGCUGGAGAGAAGCAAGUCUCCGUCAUAUUACAGUUUGAGAAAGAGGAGCAGAUUCACAGCAUCGACAUUGGCAACGAAGGCUCCGCAUUUGUGGAAGUGCUGGUCGGCAGCUCGGCCUCCUCUAGCGAGCAGAACUAUGAGGUCCUGCUGGUCACGUCUUCCUUCAUGUCCCCCUCGGAGAGCAAGAGCGGCACCAACCUGAACAGAGUCCGGAUGUUUGGACCCGACAAGCUGGUGAAGGCCACCGCCGAGAAGAAGUGGGACCGGGUGAAAAUCGUCUGCACGCAGCCCUACAGCAAGUCCUUGGCAUACGGCCUCUCCUUUGUGAGGUUCCACUCGCCUCCCGAAGACAAUGAGAUUCAUUCCAAAACACCAUCCCCGAAGGUGACCAAACUGGGCCAGUUCAAGGUGAAGGACGAGGACAGCAACUCCGCCUCCAUGAAGCCCGGUGCUCUGUUCUUCAGCCGGGCCAGCAAACCGCAGGCCUCCCCCACAAAAGCCUUGCAGAAUAACCAGCCCUCACCCAGCUACGCUGCUGCCUCCUUGAAAACCAGUGUAUCCAGUACCCCUGACCCAGCACCGUCGGCUGCGGAAAAGCCCCCCACCAAAGCCUCUCCCAAGGUAAAAACAACACUGCGUGAGUGAGCCGGAUGCCAAGUC